CCUCUUCGGAUCGGUUGCGGUAGUUGAGAAGCGUAGGACGUGUAAGGUUUUAAGGGAGCGGUGUAGUAGUAUUAUCGUGGAAAGAAGCUAGGGAACGAAGUCCCUGCCACUUUGUGGAAGGAGAGUUGGUGUGUUUGUACGUGUGGAAAGUUAUAUGGGUCUUGCACGAGGUCGGGGAAGAGGUCGGGGGAUUACAAUGAAGCCACCACCAUUGAUGGGACGCCUUGCUCCACCACCACCAGACAUGUUAGGACCACGAGGAAUGCCGUUACGGCCUCCAGGAAUGUUGCCGAGAAUGCGACCGCCACCACCAGGCAUGAGGCCUCCGAGGUUGCCGCCACCGCGUCCAGGCCCACGACCAUCGUUUUCACCGUUUAUGCCACCGAUUCCAAGCGCCCCACAUUUUUCGCCACCCAUGCCAAGGCCACCGAUGCCUUUAAUCAGACCCAGGCCAGGGCAGAGGCCUCCACCACCUGGUUUUCGACCAAUUCCACCACUUGGUGUUGGCCCUCCCAUGGGUGGUAUGGGAAGGUUUGGGCGUGGUGGCAAGAGGAUGGGUCCACCAAUUAAAGGGAAGCCAAAAGCGAAAAAGACUAAUACUGGAGAAUUGCAGGAGAAUGAAUUGAAUAAACCUUGGGUGACCGAGGCCAUGAAGAAUGAAAUAAUUAAAAAGCACAAGCUGCACCAGAAGGCUAAGAAAAGCAACGAAGAGAAUGAUUGGAAGGAGUUCAAGGAACAGAAGACUCGGGUGGCCACAAUGAUUCGUGAAGCUAAGCUUGAGUACAUCGGCAGCCACCCAGAGGAGGGUAAAGAGUAUUACUGUGAAACAUGUGAUCGAGAAUUCAAGAAUGAAUCCAAAUGGGCUCAACAUGUACAAGAGCAUCGUGUAUGUGGCCUGGAUGGGUGUCAGUUCAUGGCACAUCCAAAGGUCAUAUCAAAACAUGUGCAAAUGCAACAUGAUACAGGGUUGUACAAGAAAAUCGGCAACGUGUAUAGUCCAGAGGACAUUGCGAAGUGGAUUGCAGACAGGAAAAGACUGUAUCCUACUAAGGAGCAUGUAGCACAGAGACAAGCUGAACAAGAGGAGAAGUUGAAGAGGGGCGAGAGACUUGGUGAAAUUAAGAAUCGCUUUGGGAGGAAUUCAGUUUCCUUUAACUCAGGAGGAAGGAGGGGCACAGGUGGAGGCUUUGGAAGAAGGGGUAGAGGUAGAGGCCGAGGCCAUCCGUAUAGGUCCUUCCCCUGUGCCAACAGCAACUCUGGGGCAAUGGACAAAACUAGGAAAAGGCUGCAGUUGGAGAUUGCUCAUGAAGUGGAAGACAAUGUGUGCAGAAAACUUCCUCCAUUCCCUGGCACAGCUGCAUUCAGUGAUGUGAUGGUGGCGGCAUCUAUUGGAGAAGGUGGCAGUGACGAAGAUCAUGGACAGUUCAGCGACUCAGAGUGGGAGGCUGCAGGCAGUGUUGCACCAAGUAACAUACACGUUCCAGUUGUAAGCAAAGCUUUAAGCAGUCUUAUGGGGCUAUAUGCAUCAGAAUCUGAAGGUGAAGAGGGCAAAGUGUCGCCAACUUGUGUCUUGUCUCACACAAGAAUGGAAGAGGCAGUCCCUUGUGACAGUAGUGGAGUUAAUAAUGUAGACGUUGAAGGUAGUAGGACAAUUAUCACCACAUUUCAUAAGCAACAUGAACACAGUUCAAAGUGCAGUGGCAGUGAUAGUGGCCCUGAUGAGGCCCCAAUACUGCGUGAAAGCAGGAGUAACACAUUUCUUACAUGCGUGGAGUCUCAUGAACAUAGAGGUACUGCUGAGAACACUCGCAGGAGGAGGAGGCAUCAUAAACAUAGUUCAUGCAAGAAAGUUAACUCACCUGCCACUGAGAAAAGAGACAACAUGAAUAAUGAAAGAAAUAGUAUAAAUAAAUUGUUACAUGUGAGACAGAGGAAGCUGACUCUACUGGAGAAGCUUUUGAGCCGUGAAAUCAGACAUGAGAGAAACAUGGUUUUGCAGUGUGUCAGAUAUGCUAUACAGAAUAAUUUCUUCACUGGAAAUGCGGGUGUGGAAACCGAGAAGGUCACACACAGUUUAAAUGCUGUCCUGCAGUGCGUUCAUUAUGUAGUUGGCACUGACUUUCUGGGUGUUUUAUUACACGCACACUCUGAUGACACAGUUGGGAGUAAAGAAGGCGGAGGAGAGUCUGACAAUUAUAAAGUGGUUUGUAAUUCAGUGAAUGAAAUAAAUAAUAAAAUGUAUGUAGUAGAAUCUGACCUAGGAAGUGUAAGUGAUACAGAUGCUGUUAGCAGGUGAAAAAUUCAAAUAUGUACAUGAAGUAAAGAAUAUGGUUGGAGUUGUGUAUUAAAGCAGUGAGUAGGAAUGUGAUGUGAGCAGUCUGAAAUGUGGUUUCUUCUUCAACUGUAAGUUGUAAGAUUUGUGUUUAUUAUACAUUGCAACAACUGUUUAUUGAAUGUUUGAA